CAAAAGCAUGGCUCCUUUUAAACUCAAGUUUCGCAUGGGCGGUUCUCGAAGCACGUCGUCCGAGCACGAAGGAGAUGUCGCAGUAAAUCACCCAACGGCAACUGGCGGCGGGGGAAACGGAAGUUUGACGAUAAGCAACGCAACAAACACCACAAACCAGGGAUCCCAAAGUGUGAUUAACAGCACCACGUCGCUCAUACACUUUGGGAGCACGUCAACGAUAGAUUCCGAUCACAAUACCGAUAGUUUAGUGUCGCUAGGAAAUAAUGAUCAACGGGCCUUAUUACAAAAUUGUGGACAAACGUCGACAGAUUCAAUAGGAUACAUUAAUCCAUCAUUGACGCAUACAGAGACGACAACGAUAACGACGAGUAAUACAACGGCACAAAGUAUAGGGAAGAGCAAAUCAACAACAACAACGGCCAAUAACGCGAAACAGAUACCGUCGACGCCACCGCCAUCGUACGAGCAUGUGUUAGAAGAGAAUCGAUUAGCAGCACUCGACAAGGAGAAUAAUCAAACGUUUCUACUUCACACAUUGAUGCAAAAUAGCCACGUGAAGAUGUCGAAUCAGCAGUUGUCGCACGACGACGGAUCUCUGGACCAGGACAUGGACGAGGAAUUGUGCACCGACUCGAAUUGCGAGCAAAACUACGAAAAUUACGAGAAUCAACACAAAAACGGAGACGAACAAUCAAGUUUAGUGGGUGGCGGCAAUAAUGAAUGCAAUUUGAUGGUUGACACCGAAUCGAUACAUCUCUCGGACAUUGAUUGUCAGUCGUAUCACGAUAAUUCGUAUGGCACAUAUGCGUCGUCAGACCAUCAUCAGCUGCAGGACAUGGAAGAGCCGCAAUACGAGCCCGCGACACCCCAACAAAAGCCCGGCAAGGAAAUUAUCUACAAAUCCAGCAAGGAAAUGUACAAGGCAGUGGCGAAGGAGUGCGGCAUUACGUGCAAGAUGUCGGACCAGUGUCGCUGCUACGAUUGUCAAAGUCGCUAUUUUGACUGUGAAUAUGAGCAGAACGAACACGAAAAAACAGACGGCGGCCUGGGUGCUGGCACACCACUUUACAUCUCGGAGGUCAUGCAUGGAACGGCUUGUACUAUUUUGUAAGCUUUCACAAGAGCUUUAACCACUUU